AUGGAGCUGAAGAGAGUAGUCACUCAUGAGAUCGUUACGAACGCCCUCAGCAGCCAAGCCAUGCCAAGCCCUCAACAGCAAGGCAGUCCUGCUGGGCGCGUGUUGAAACCCACUCUGGGCACAACGUAUGAGUCUCAGCUGCGGCUGGAACAACGCCUUCUUUGUGCUGCCCCGGUCAACCGUUGCACCGGCAUUCUGUGCCUCUUCGCCGCUCAAGCGGGUGCAGCCAAAGUCAUCGGCAUCGAACGCUCCGAUGUGGCGCAGAAGGCAGCGAAGAUUGCGGAAGAGAAUGGUUUUGGAGAUGUGAUUAGCUACAUCCAAGGGAAGGUAGAGGAAGUGGAACUUCCCGUAGAAAAGGUGGACAUCAUCAUCUCUGAAUGGAUGGGUUACUUUCUGAUGUUCGAAUCGAUGCUGGAUUGCGUGCUGUUCGCGCGGGAUAAGUGGCUGAGACCAGGAGGGCAGAUGUUUCCAGACCAUGCGCGGCUUUACAUGGCGGGCAUCGAAGAUGCGGACUACAAAGAGGAGAAGCUUGGGUUCUGGCGCCACGUGCGUGGCUUCGACCUUUCUCCCGUGGCUGAGCUGGCGAUUGGGGAACCCUUGUCGGACAUCGUGGACGCUGCCACCAUGGUCACUGAGAGCCAAUGCAUCCUUCAGAUGGACCUGCGAGAGGUCACCUGCGCAGAACUGGAUUUCUCAGCGCCUUUUGCGUUGAAAGUCCUGCGUCAAGACUUCGUGCAUGCGUUGGUCAGCCGGGAACUGCCACGGGGAGGUUCCAGUGCUACUUCCUCCAGCGUCAGUGAGAAGAAACCUUUGUCAGAUCAGGAACGGAUGCCUCCAACGGCCUCCCUGCUGUUGAUCCACUACUUCCUGGUUUUGGCCACGGUAAAUCUGGUGAUCACCAUCCCCACGGCCAAUGAAUAUUCGGAGCGCUUGGGGGCUGGGCGCUUGUUUGCUGGACUUAUGAUUGGUUGCUUGCCUAUCCUGGGCAUUGCCGGCAAUUUGGUGAAUCAGAAACUCUUUUCCUGUUUGCCCUUGAAGACCAUUUGGAUUUUGAAUUGCUUGGGAACAGUGCUGGGUUGCGUGCUCUACGCUUUGGCGGGUCUGAUGAAAUUCAAAUGGACACUAUUGAUCGCAAGAGGCCUCAUGGGCUUUUGUAGCGCCUUCAGCCUGCCGGGGAUCUACGUCUCGCACACCGUGGGCCUCAAAAGGCGUAGCGAGAUCUUGUUCUACUUCUCUGCUGUGCUAACCUUGGGAUGUGCCGUGGGGCCCGCUUUGGCCGCUAUGCUGGAGGCAUUCAUGAAGUUCAUCCGAAUCGAGAAUUUGGUCUUGGACUCGGACACUAUCCCUGGAUGGUUUAUGGCGGUGUUGUAUCUCUUGUUCACGGCGAAGCUCAUCUUGCUGCUAAAGGAUCUGCCCAUUGAUGCCCUGGCAGUAGAAGUUCAGGGCAGGACCUUAGAGAGCCUCGGUGAAGAUAGGUAG